UAACUAAUGGAUACUGAUGGGCAACACUUACUCCUAACAGCCUUUUGGACCCUCACCCGCUCACUCUGACUUCGGGGAAUGUGGCAGUUGCCUGGGGGGAGAAAAAGCAAGCAAACACUCUAAUUUUAAACUUGCACUGUAAAGCACUUUCAAAGUAGUAAUAGUUGCGCUUCAGCUCAGACCUGAAUUUCCUUCUCAAUCCAUUCCCGAGGACUCCCCCUAUCCUGAUUCACGUCCUGGUCUAUCGGGUGCCGUUUACUGAAAUUAUACGGCAUAGUUUAUUGCGAAGUCUGAGUGGGUGGGUCCACGCGCACACCCCGAGUCGGGCCAGGACGCCGAUCCCGGAGCUCCGCGUCGGGCGCCUGGAUCGCCGUCCGCACCCUCCGCCCGGCCUCGCCACAGAUCCCAGUUUGAAAGAAAACUUCACGCGGCCGAAAUGAACCUCCCCUCACCGUUGCAAUCCUUCCUUCCCAGCCGGCAGAAAAGCACUGCACUUUGACUAUGGAAACAGAGGCUAUUGAUGGCUAUAUAACGUGUGACAAUGAGCUUUCACCUGAAAGGGAGCACUCUAACAUGGCAAUUGACCUCACCUCAAGCACACCCAAUGGACAGCAUACCUCACCGAGUCACAUGACAAGCACAAAUUCUGUAAAGCUAGAAAUGCAGAGUGAUGAAGAGUGUGACAGGAAACCCCUGAGCCGAGAAGACGAGAUCAGGGGCCAUGAUGAGGGUAGCAGCCUAGAAGAACCCCUAAUUGAGAGCAGCGAGGUGGCAGACAACAGGAAAGUCCAGGAGCUUCAAGGCGAGGGAGGAAUCCGGCUUCCGAAUGGUAAACUGAAAUGUGACGUCUGUGGCAUGGUUUGCAUUGGGCCCAAUGUGCUUAUGGUACAUAAAAGGAGUCACACUGGAGAACGUCCCUUCCACUGUAACCAGUGUGGAGCUUCUUUUACUCAGAAGGGCAACCUUCUGAGACACAUAAAGUUACACUCUGGAGAGAAGCCGUUCAAAUGUCCUUUCUGUAGCUAUGCCUGUAGAAGAAGGGACGCCCUCACAGGACACCUCAGGACCCACUCUGUGGGUAAACCUCACAAGUGCAACUACUGUGGACGAAGCUACAAGCAGCGCAGUUCACUGGAGGAGCACAAGGAACGCUGCCACAACUAUCUCCAGAAUGUCAGCAUGGAGGCUGCUGGGCAGGUCAUGAGUCAUCAUGUACCUCCUAUAGAAGAUUGUAAGGAACAAGAGCCUAUUAUGGACAACAAUAUUUCUCUGGUGCCUUUUGAGAGACCUGCUGUCAUAGAGAAGCUCACGGGGAAUAUGGGAAAACGUAAAAGCUCCACUCCACAAAAGUUUGUGGGGGAAAAGCUCAUGCGAUUCAGCUACCCAGACAUUCACUUGGACAUGAACUUAACAUAUGAGAAGGAGGCUGAGCUGAUGCAGUCUCAUAUGAUGGACCAAGCCAUCAACAAUGCAAUCACCUACCUUGGAGCUGAGGCCCUUCACCCUCUGAUGCAGCACCCGCCAAGCACAAUCGCUGAGGUGGCCCCAGUGAUAAGCUCAGCUUAUUCUCAGGUCUAUCAUCCAAAUAGGAUAGAAAGACCCAUUAGCAGGGAAACCUCUGAUAGUCAUGAAAACAACAUGGAUGGCCCUAUCUCUCUCAUCAGACCAAAGAGUCGACCCCAGGAAAGAGAGGCCUCUCCCAGCAAUAGCUGCCUGGAUUCUACUGACUCAGAAAGCAGCCAUGAUGACCACCAGUCCUACCAAGGAAACCCUGCCUUAAAUCCCAAGAGGAAACAAAGCCCAGCUUACAUGAAGGAGGAUGUGAAGGCUUUGGAUGCCACCAAGGCUCCUAAGGGCUCUCUGAAGGACAUCUACAAAGUCUUCAAUGGAGAAGGAGAACAGAUUCGAGCCUUCAAGUGUGAGCACUGCCGAGUCCUUUUCCUAGACCAUGUCAUGUACACCAUUCACAUGGGUUGCCAUGGCUACCGGGACCCACUGGAAUGCAACAUCUGUGGCUACAGAAGCCAGGACCGUUAUGAGUUUUCAUCACACAUUGUUCGAGGGGAGCACACAUUCCACUAGGCCUUUUCAUUCCAAAGGGGACCCCUAUGAAGUAACAAACUGCACAUGAAGAAAUACUGCACUUACAAUCCCACCUUCCCUAAGAUGUUGACAUAUCUUUUUUUUUUUUAAUAUUAUUACUGUCAUUAAUCUUAUUUUGUGGACGCAGUGUCUUUGCUCUGCCUAAUUAAAAUAAGUAAGAAACAGAAGAGAGAAGGGACAGGGGAUAUUGUUUCUUGAUAAGUUGGCUUGUUUAUUUUGUGGGAAUUUUAAGAGCAGUUAAUUUCUGCCAUGCAUAGAUAUAAGGUAUAUCAUGCUUUUGAAAAAAAAAAAUCACUUGAUUCAUAUAGAUUCACCUAAGAGAUUCUGAUUUGCCACUGAUGUUCAGGAUUAUGAUUGAAGGCAGGAGUUUUAUGGGUAAGACUUUCACAGUUUAAAAUGGUCUAAGUAAUUGAAUGCUUCAAAGAAGAAUUUGUUUCAAAAUUUAAACUUUUUUUUUUUUUUCCCCUCUAGAGAUCAUGGAACAAAAAUUCAUCUUUAUUUUCAGUGAUAACUCCUUGGAUGGGUCGUUGUUGUGGGUUCUAUGUUUACUUCCCCUAUGGAAUUUAUAAUCCAGUAUGUUAUACACUGUACCAUAUAGCAAAAUUUUUAAACUACAGGUAGUUAAGGACACCUACAAUACAUCUGAGGUCCUAUGAUCUUAUUUUUCUAAACUUAAGCACUGUUUUUCCGUAGUUUUGAUGACUGGCAUUUUAUAGACACCCUGGCAGCCUUACUUUUAACACCUUUAAUGACUAGUAUUUUCAUCUAGUUUUCAGAAUAACAUAUGGUCUAAGAGCGGCUUACAGGCAGUCAGUGUCCAGAAGGGACCUCUUCUUUUCAUAAAUUUGGGAAGUUUUCUUUUAACGUUGUAAUGUGAUGGUCUCAUAGUAUACGUAUUUGUUUCUAAAAGUAUGCUUACGAUUGCCACUUUAUCAGCAUUUAACCAGUGUUAACCAGUCAGCAGAAAAAUAUAAUUAGGCUACCAGUUGGGGGGCGGGGACACACUCAGAAAUCCCUUUUCUGGUAUUUCUCUUUUCACUGUUUUUUUCAAGCUGUGACCACCCAGUGUUCUGUCCGUAGUCCAUUCAUCUUUUACUCUUCCAGUGGAAGGUCUUAAAAAUGUUACUAUAGGCUAUUUCUUUCAAACUCUCCUCAGAGCAAUCGCUAAUUUGAUCUGAAUGUGGUAACUUGAACCCCUUAAGUUUAUGGAACUAGGGCUAUUUAUUCUAGUAUUUCUUCAGUACUAACAUUUACCACUUCUGGUGCAAGAAAAGGGGACUUCUUUGUUACCUAUACAUUGGACUGUAGAGAAAACAGGAAACACAGCUUAUUUUUACCCUUUGUGGAGUACAAAAUGCAGUGGAACUCCCAAGCAAAAGUGACUAUAUCCUGCACAUUUUUCCGUCUCAAAAACAUUCAGCUACUUAUGAGUCCUUGUCAGAAAUGAAUCUCAAGCCCUUAGUACAGAAAUUCUCUCCUUGUAAUCCAUACAUGUUACCAUAUUUCAUGUGCAGAUUUUAAUUUCAUUUAUAUGGGUGCUCUAAUUUUUCUUUGCAGUCCAACAGCAUUUGAGGGGAGGAACCGAGUGAAAUUGAUUCAAGUCAUUUUGAGGGACAUCCUUGGAGGCAGAAGUCUCUGCUUGUGUUUGGGGAGAGGAACGUAACUGGAUGAUCUGAUAACCAUUUAUGAAUACUGAAAUUCUGUUAAGCAGUAAUUGAUAGCUACUCUAAAAAAAUAAUUUAAUAGGAUGCUGAAACUAUGUUUUUUAAUACAGUAUCAUGUGAAAAUUAUCAAGACUAGAGAAUUAUGGACAAAUAAGCAAAUCUGGCUCUUCACUCAUUUUCUAGUUUACCAUCUGCUUAUUUAAGCAAUUUCUAAGCACUAACACAGCCAGAACUAAGCAAAAAUGGUUACAACUCAGCUCUUUUACUAGCCCUGUCAUAAUUAUUUUUAGAGAAAUAUCCAAACUAUUUCUCUAAGUCUAAAAGAAUGCACCAAAACAGAGAUGUGACAUGUUUUAAAUAGACUAUCAACUGUCAUUUUUUUCCUGCAUGACUUGGUACAUUAUGAACAUACAAUUUAUUCAAAGGUAAAGCAUGUCGUUGAGAUUCCCUCACCACAUCCACCCUAACCACUCAUAAAUAAUUGGAAUUUUAUUUUUCCUUUUGGAAAUAGGUAAAUAAGGUCAGCGAUUUUGUAUUUUACAGCAAUUUAAGGAAACAUUUGGAUGGUAGUCAGUGUGUUCAUAACUUUGGCUGUGUGUGAAUUGCUUUUGGCAUUAGCUGUGGAUUUUCUUCCUGCUGGCUUUUUUUUUUUUUUAAUGUGUGAACAAUCAUGUACCUACUUGCCCUGGGAUAAAACUGAAUUUAGGUGGACCUAAAGAGUUGUGUAUACCCCCAUGCAGAUAGUACUCAAGCACUCUCCUUUUCUGAUUUAAUCUUUUUGGGAAUCUGUUUUAUUGAAGAGACUUAAUAUUUGUGAGAGCAUAUCUGGUACAAGUGUCUACUUGUACUUUCUUUGCCUCAUGAUAGGAGGAACAGAAAGAGAUACAGAUGGUUCAGGGUGUGGCAGGGACAAGUGAGGACAAGGUCAAUUCAAAUGCAUAGGUUUGGAAGAAUUUUUGUGGACACAGUACUUUCUGGAAAAAUCUAGAUGGCUAUAUUUGCAUGCCUCUUCUUCACAAAAGGAAAUAAGCAAGGUGGGAGCACCUAAAAAUAAGCAUGAGGGUCGGACACCAAAUAAAUCAAGUUUUAUAUAACAGUCACAUGCCCAGUUUAUUUAGGUGAGAUUUCACAAUACAAAGUAUUUGAGGGGCAUAGAAAUGGGUUAGCCUCUGUAUUUCCUAGUCUGGCAAAAAUUCAGAAAUUCAUCACAUUGCUUUGCCCUAAUUUUGCCCAGAAUUUUAUCUCUACCUCCUGUUGGAGAAGUGUGCGGCCUUUCUCUGAUAGCAGUCAAUCACUUUAAAAGCCAUUCUCAUCUGGCUUUUUAAACAGUGAAAGUGACCAAUAAGCAGAUUGGAAGAAAUUUCGAGUUGUUGAAACAUUCCAUUGAGAAUUUUCUGGAGAGACAAAAUGGGAGAAUGAGAGACCAGGAUUUAGACCUUGACUAUAAGGUAGGGAUUAUUUUUUCUACAUAUAUACAAGCAGUUGUGCACACACAUACACAUGCAUCCUUUUAAAGAAUAUUCAUAAAAAGAAUUAGCAUGAUCAGAUGUUUUGUAAGGACAGAGAGAGCGUGAACUGCUGUUACUACCUGAGCAGUUUUGUGGGUUCACAUUUUACCAGAUUAUGUAUUAAGAAAUAUCAAAGAAGUUACUGGUGUGUCUUUAUGACUAUUUGCAACUAUUGGACCUUGUGUCUUUACUAACUACUUCCAGAACAAAUCUAAACAAUCAAAAAAGAAGGGAUUUUUGGCCAAUUUGACAUAACCUCCAAAGUGAAAGAAGCACAGAUUAUUUUUGGAUAGGAAGAUACAGAAAAGAAUAAUUACCAACUGGUAUUUGUGGACACAUGGAGAAAGACGAAAAUGUUUUACUGAGCUUGAUAUUUUUUUCAUAGUUUUUAUGUCUCAGUUGCGCCCCUCACAAAACCCACUGUGAAGUCAUGAUAUUUUAUAUAAAUGUUUGACAAAAUUUACAUCAGCGGAGGCAUUUGAUGAAAAUUAUGUUUUACUUAUUUUCCAAAUGUUAAUUCAUACUAUCUCUAAAAUGAUUCCUUAAAGUAGAAAAAGAAUUGAACAGGCUGUAAAAAUACAAAUAAAAAACUGUAUGCUCCUAGAUUCAAGACAGAACUUAGAUUAUAAGAGGUACUACUAUGCUAUUUUUUAACUUUAAAUUGUUCAUUUUAUAAAAAGCGUUAAGUUACAUUUGUGAUCAUCUUUAGUUAUAUUUUAUAUAUUAGUAAGUACUAUCUGUAUCAAGAUUAUUCUAAAACAGAAAUUCCCCAAAUGCAAAGGAAAAAAAGAGUGGGGUGAAAUUGAAGUUUGUAUAUAUGAAAGUUAUCUUAGAAAUAUUUUUAAAUCUCCAGUUUCUGCAAAAUAAUUAAAAUAUACAGUAACUGGUCUCUUAAGAUCCUGAAUUUAAUGUAUUAAAUACUUAGAAAAUUUCUUUAUAUUGGUGCCUUUUUAAAAUGCAUUGAGAGAGUGUUGAUAAGCUGUUGGAGUCCUACAACACUUUUGUUAUGUAUUUUUAAAAAUCACUUAAAAUUGAGUACUAUAUAAUUUAUCUUUGUGUUCUUAGGGCAAAACUGUCACAGGAAUUUCCAAUACAGACUUUCAGCUCAUCUGUGUAAAGUAAAAGGAAAUUUUGAAAUCAGAUUUUAAUAUCAUUUUAGUUAGAUAGUAUUUCUGAAUACCAUUACAAGAUUAUGGAGGUAAAACAUGAGGUAGAGGGAAAUUUUAGCUGUGAAUUGCAUUAUGGUAUGUUUUCGUUUUGUUUUUAAGGAAGAAUUUAAGUUCUCGUAUCAUGGAAGGCUUUAUUAGUGGAAUUUUUGGUAAAACUCAGUAUUGUUUUGGAAUUUGAUCUAAUGACUAGUGUUGUGCUAGGUUGAGAAGCUCUGUAUUCUAAUCGGUUAAUAUUUUAAGGAAUAAUAUAAAGAAGCAGGUAAUUAAUUCUCCUUGAACAAAACAAAACUGAACAGUCAUAUCACAUUGCGUUCUCCAAAUUGUAGUCUCAAAUGGUUUCCUACCAUGGUUGUGUAUUACUUGCAAUGGAUGUGUUAGGUUAUGACAGCUUUUUUAAAAAAUCAAUAGCUACUUGUUAUACAAAGUAAAUGUCAUAUGACCAAGAAGCUGUGAUAUGCUAGUGUUUCUUUUUAUCAUAGUGUAUCGCUGCUAGGCCAAAUAAUGACAGUUUCAAUAUUUUUACAUUUAUUGCGGAAACCUAAAAAUUUGGAAUUUCCACAAGAUUUUUAUGUAACAUUCUAUUUCUAGCUUUUUAGUUUUCUCUUGCUGUACUGUAAGUUUGUGGAUAUUUUUCACAUGCACUCUUAGAAAUAAGUUCCUAAUUCUGUUUAUGGGUUUUUCUCCCAUAACAUUGCAUUUGUAUAUUUUCUGUAUGAAUUUGUUGUGAAUUCACCUUUGCCCAUACAGAGAAUGGUACGUGAAUGACUAGUUUUCUAAGAUGUCCUUUUUAUUGUGAAUAAAAUAUAAAAUUUAGAGGCCCUCUGCUAAGCCACAAAGUAUAGCAUAUAACUUCAUCUAGGUACAGAUAAGCCUGUUUGCAGUUAAUUGGGCCCUUCAAAUUACCUCAAGUGACAGAGUAAGAAAAGCUUCUCAAAUGGGUGGAAGUCACUGAAUCCCCUACUAUGCACUUACCAGGAUUCUACCUAAUUUAAUUUACUGGAAAUGAAUUUUUAAAAUUGAACACACUGUAACAAGGGAAGGACUCUGGGUUUUGUUUUUGUUUUCUUUUGUGUUUGUUUUUUAAAAGUAGUUCAAUUUCUGAAACUGUGAUAAAAAAAAUUGACUGUCAAGCACUCAGAUUUUGAACAUAAGUCACUUCCCUUUCUUUUUAACAAAGUUCUUUGUUAUCUCUUCUCAAAUUUUGUCUACUCUCCCCGUGCUCUUUUCUCCUCUCUGUUCAUGUCCCUUCCAUCGUUGUCUUCGGACUUCUCUUUUUCUUCCUCUUUUUUCCCCCCUACUCGUUUGAAGAUUAGAUUAACUCUCUUUUCCAAUUCAUGGGUCUCUUAAGUCUUAAUUUUUUGUGUGUUGGCUGUAUAAUCUGCUGACAUAUUUUUAUACUCAAGUGUAGUUUUAUAUUAAAAAGAAAAGUAGUUGGAUUAAAAAUGGUAAGGCAUAUACCCCAUAUGUUACUUUCACUUUCAAAUAUUGGGUACCUAAAAUAUGAUUUCAGAGAUUAUGUAAUCAUAAUAUGGUAUGUUUGCCUUCCUUUUUGUUAAAUUUUGUGUUCUGAUUUGGUUUUCCUCCUAAAGUGUAUAUUAUGAGAGAUUAAACUUUUUUUUUUAAAGUAUUUAGGAAGAUGUUAAAAAUUUACAGCAAAAAGUCUUAACUGUCGCCCAGUUGGGAGAAAAUGCUUUAACAUUACUAUAAUAUUAUUCCAGGUUUGGAGGGGGCUCUCCAGGCUCCAUAUUUGCUCUUAACAGUUGGACCUUUUAGACCAUGUGUUAUUUGCAAUCCCAGAAUGAUUGCCUCUGCUAGUUAGUUCAAAAGAUAAUUUUCUUUUCUUUCUGUACAAGUGCAAUACUUUCAUUGAAGUCUUAAAAACUAUGGUUAUUUUUUGUUUGUUUGUUUUCUAACCUGUUCUUCAGUUAGUGAUGAAAAGAAACCCUUGAAAAUCAUGGCAUGUUAAAGGACACAAGCAAAGAGAAAAACACUGUACAGUUAGAAGAUUAGAGAAUGUGGAAAUCAUUGGUCUGAUAUGGUACUUUUAUUUAGGCUAAAUUUCCAUUGAAAUUAGUAUCUUUUGCCUGAGAAAUGUGUCCUAAAGUUAAAAUUCUUAAAGACUGAAUUAUCUUUUUAGACCCUUGCUCAGUGUUUUAAAUUAAGAACCUAAUAUUUUUUUUAUUUCAGUUUUCUCCUUUUGAAAAUGAACUUUAAAAUAAAAGCAAAGCACUUAGCUCAAUUUUAAACACUUACCUAUCACUUAUUGGAGAAAAUUUUUAAGAAAUAUUUGGAGCACUUCUGUUUUCAUACAAAUUUAAGUAAGAAGUAUUUUUCGUAUCAUACAUAUUUAUAUGUAGUAUGUUGGUUUUCUUUUUUUAUACCUGUGUCCCUAUAGUAAAACUGCUGUAAUGUAAAUACAUAUUUUGUUAAAAGAUAACAUUUCUUUGGCAUUUCUCUUAAAGGCAGUUACUGCAUUUGUACAGUAUGUGUCUUGGCCAUUUUAGACUUUUUUUUUCUUUAACAAUACCAAAGGUAAUUAGACUACUUUAAAAACUAAUUGCUUGACAGUUUCUAGAAUAUUUUGAGUUUUAGCAGAAAAAAAAAAUAGGUGAAACCAGUAAACCUCAUUUUUUUCAAACUAAUAAUUUGGGAAAAUAAAAACUAUUGUUUAAAAAAGAAUUAUAUAUAAAUAUAUAUGUAAAAUUGAAAUUCCAAACCUUGUAUGUCAGGUUUGCUCAGUGUAAUGUAGUUUUUUUAAGGCUCAAAUAUCAUACCUCAGAAAAUGAGGUCUACUAUGGAAAUACUGAAACAGUCUUUGCAGCUGUGUGACAAGUCACUCUGCUAUCUACCAAUUUGGAAACCUCCGAUAAACAGUUUUAACACUGCAGACUAAAAUAUGGGACUUGUAUUUUCUUUGUUUUUAAUGUACACACAUACAUGUUCUGUGCAUGUAUGUGGGUACUUUGUAUGUGUAUAUGUGUAUGAGUGUUGUAUAUGCAUGUGUGAGUGUGUGUAUGUGUGUACAACUAAAAAGCUGCAGAAACUUUGUAAUACUUUGUGAAAAGGAUUAUAUUAUAAAGGUUUGUACUGUCUGAGUGCACAGCUACUGGAAUAAAUUUAGGGAAUCUCAGGAACAAGCAUAUAAUUUGUCCAAGAUUUAUUUCUUCUCAGAAGUGUAAGUGCAGUUUUUAAUUCUGUAUAUUAUUUAAUAUUUUACCAAUAAAAUAAACUUCUGACAUAAAAAGUUUGCUA